AUGCCCUCCAAAGGUGGCAACGGUGGCAACAAGGGCGCGAGCGGUGGCGCUGGCGGCAAGGGCGGUGGCGGCGGUGCUCAAACGAAGACCCCGGCUGCUGGCAAGCCCCAGGCGGCCCCGGUGAAUAACGCCAAACCCAAGCCCGCUGCUGGCGGCGAUGCCGGUGACGCCCCCAAGGCUCCCCCCGCCCACAAGGCCUAG